CGCUAAGUGGGACGGUUGAACUCACAACAUUUCUUUUUUGUUUCUAGUCGGCCAGGUUGAUGUUUGAGUGCGGCUUUUUGGGAAGACUGCAAGCUGAAACUUCGCAACUGACGAAAUCGCAGGGGUUUUCUUAAAUAUGGACGAGCUUAGGCGUCAAGUUAUGAUAAACCAGUUCGUUCUCACAGCCGGAUGUGCGGCAGAUCAAGCAAAGCAGCUUCUACAAGCGUCACACUGGCAGUUUGAGACUGCUCUCAGUACAUUUUUCCAAGAGGCCAAUAUUCCUUACGGCCAUCAAAUGAUGUGCACUCCAGCCAACACACCGGCGACGCCCCCCAACUUCCCAGAUGCCCUAGCCAUGUUCUCCCGGCUUAAAGCCUCAGAGAGCUUCGGAAACAGCAGUCCCAUCGCUUCUAUGGCCACGUCACCAGCUCCUCACACCAACUGGGCCAUGAGCCCCCCGGCAACCCCUGGUCACCAGGGUCGAUGGACUCCAGGUCAGCUCAUGCCCCAAACGCCCUCAGCAGGCUGGCCCGCGGCUGUGACCCAGCAAGCCUCCGCCGAGCACGCUAGCAUCGUCAUGGAGGCCGAGAGAUAGAGACUGCUUCGAUUAGCCAUCACACCUUACAGGAAGAGGAGGAUGGACCUUCCUCUUGGAGACUUGGGCAGUCGUGGAGGUAAAACGGUGCGAAGAGGUCGCUGUGGAGGAACGCCGCGUGGCCUCUUCUCUGAGGUCACGGGAGAUCUGGGAGUUUUUUAAAAUGCUUUUCUUUUGGCGAUAACCAAAUAAAGAUGGACAGAAUGAGUAAUCGUGUAGCAUAUUCACAGAAAACCUCAGACAAAUGAAUGUGUUGCUGAAUAAUGUCAGUUCUCAAGUAAUGGUGAAUACUCUAUUUUGCACUGUGCACUAAACAAUAGUUACUCGCCGUCGUGUCAUUUUAAACCUAUUAAAACUUAAUUUUGUGGACAAAAUGCUUUUUUUGCAUUUCUUCUUGUUCCACAGAGAGUUAUAAGGGUUUGGAAUGACAUCAGGGUGAGUGAAUGAUUGAUUUUUAUUUUUUUGGCUGAACGUCUCUUUAUUCAACAGGUUUACUGUAGAAAAAGGACUGGUCUGUAAUUUUUCGACUUCUUUAUGACUUUGCAAUGAACCAAAUUGGCAUUUUAUAUUAAAAUAAUGGUAUAAGAAGUGUUUUAUACCCAGAACGUUGGACUCUCUCCGCACUUGCAGAACAUUUGUUUUAUCUCAAAUCCCUAUUUAAAUAUGAUUUCUUUUCACCGAUCAUCUCCCUCUAACUGUGUUCACACUGCCUCCACAAUAUUUGUGGACUAUGUGAUGGUUAUUAUUUCCUGUUUGUAGUGUUUUUAAAUAAAUAUUGUGUAUAUAUAUUGCAAA